AUGUCGAACUCCGCAACUAUCGAUCGAAAUCAAGAGGUGACACAGCGCGUUUCCGGUCAAUGGAGGUGCCAGGAUGAACGAGAAUCACCAGGUCUCGAUCUGCUACCACUCCGUUUCGUUUCGACCACCAUGCUGCCCACCGGAAGGUCGAGCAUGUCUGAACGCGCUUCUCGAGACACUGGCCGAGUGGGCGCCAAGCAACAUCCGACAGCCUCAGCGAAGCAUGUCUGGGCAGCCAGCCGUCCCGCAGUGCCUCACGCACCCGCUGAUGGGAUGAGUGCACCUCUAGUCCCGGACCAGGGUCUGGCGCGAGGCUCUCUGGCAAUCCAAGUCAAUCGCUGGCUGGCACACCACGGUAUCAGCGACCCUUGCCUCGGCGUCAACUUUCCGAUUCCCAGAGGACGAGGUCGAUUUGUAGACGUGCAUGUGGUUGCCUCCAGCAUGGAAGUUUUGGCCCAAGCGCCACUGAUCUUUCGCGGUGCUCGACUCGAGCGACACCUCGUCGGCCUCGCACUGUACCCAUCAAUUAUGGUGGUCGAAGUGACUGGAUCAAGCAUUGCAGAUACUGGCAUCGCCCAGCAAUUGGCAGACGUGCUGGCGCCUUUUGCCCAAGUGCACGACAUCUGGCUCGAGGAACGAUCCCAUGGCCAGGAUGUCAGCAUACGCAAAAGCAAGAUGAUCGCCCUGGUCGAAACGGCGCUGAGCGAGCGGGGAUAUCGCGACUGGGACAAAGUCACAGCUAUUCCCGGCUGGGCUGUGCUCAACGGCCGCGAGUGCAGGCUAGACUAUGUCGGUCGGCUCGAGUGGUGCACCUUUUGCCGCAGCGAAGCGGCCUCGUUCCACACGUUGGAGACGUGCCUGAAGGUGCCGGACGAGAUGUGGCAGAGUCUACACCAUGAAGCAGAGUACACAAACACAGCUGCACUCGGGGCAUCUCCAUCAUCCCCGACCACCACAACACCAUCCACGGUCCACUUCCCUGGCGCAAAGCAUCUGCAAAUCAUGAGCGCGUUCCCAAUGCUCCGUACCGUGCCACAGGCAUGCCGUACGAUCUCGAUGGCCGAGGCACGUGUUGGACUGAGAACGAGCAUGCCACAGCAGGUGCGCACGUACUAUGGCAAACGCAUCGACCCACGCAUGCGUCUGGACAAGGCGGCGCGCCGCGGUCCUCGCGUGGCUGAGGCAUCCGCACCCACGUCUGGUUCGACGGUGCGCAUGGGUCUCAUGCUCGGCGGUGGCUCUCUCAUCGCCGCUGCUGGCCUGAGCGCAUUUGGAUCGCAGCGUGUCCAGUGCGAGUCGGCGCGUCCGUACGCGUCUGCCCCCGUAUCGGUGGAGACGUCGGGCGACACCACCACCGUAUCCACGCAGCCCGAAAGCAUGGUCAACGUCUACCAGCUCUCCUUCGGCACCAUCUGUGGCGUAUGUGCAGGCGUGUUCAUCAAGAAGGGCCUCAAACUCAUCGCCUUCCUCCUCGGCGGCUGCUACGUCUUGCUCCAGUACCUCAACGGCCAGCGCCUCAUCAGCGUCAACUGGAACGCCAUCAACUCGCGCUACGACAAACUCGUCAACUCCGCUGCGGGACCUCAAGCUGUGAAUGCGCGUGGCUACUCGGGCAGCAAGCUCCAGCGCAUCUGGGCCAACUUCACCAACUUCCUCACCGCCGACUUCCAGCCUCGCGCCACGUUCUUGGCCGGCCUCCUCCUCGGUCUGCGUCUCGGAUAG